GCAGAGAGAACUAACCUGGGUAACUUGCUGUUGGGCAUGAUGAGAGGUAUUAUGUGGAAUAAUACACUGCAGCAGUCACAUCUGCGCGCAGACGUGACGCAGCGACAAACAUACAAGAAUGAUAUGACUACGUUAACCACUGCUAUCCGCACAGAGGCAAUGCAGCAGCAGCAACAGCAUCAACUGUUGAAUUCCAUUGUCACACGCGUCAACAACAUAGAGGCUAACGCCUCAGCAGCGCCAGGCUGCACGACAGACGUGACGAAGCAACUCAACGAGCGCAUCGAUCACGUCGUCACCAUCAUCGGCGACAUAAGUACGUUCACUGGACCAGACUCGAUCAGCAGCACGGUGGCCGCCAUCAAGACGGACCUCACCAAGCUACAGACGAGACCGGAAGCCGCUACAAAGACGUUCAAGGUGCCGCACUUCGACAUCAGCAAGUUCGACGACUACAACAAGUCGGACGCUUUGUCAUGGUGGCAACGCUUCCUCACGGAAGCAUCAUGCCGCAUGGUCCCGGCGGACGACAUGUUGAAGGCAAUACAUCUGCAGCUGAUUGGAGGAGCGCAGGGAUGGAUGAACCACCUAGCGGCUACAYRCAAGKRCACUAUCGCCGAACUCCACACGCACAUUACGUGGAAGGAGUUCGAGCAGCUAUGGUUCACCCGGUUCAUGGUCCGCAACGUCGUGAAGGCGGCCAUGAAUGAGGUGUACACAUGCUCUCAAGGGAACAUGCCAACUCGAGACUGGACAACGAAGUGGCAAAAGAUAGUGACCACAGCAGGUUUCGAUUUGACAUUUCCAAAUCAACGAUCCGAUUUCUUCUCGCGAUCGUGCGCGGGAUUGCGGUCGGCACUCGGUAAUGAGUACGACUAUACCACAUUCCAAGCCAUUCUGGAUCGAGCGAACAUGGUCAUCCAAACGGACGACAAGGCCGCUAACGAGAGRCAAUCCCAGCCGCACUAUGUGGCUAAGCAGACCUAUCAACGUCCGACACAUAACAAUGCCGUAUUUUCUGAAGAAAUCGACGACCACCACGCGGCGGCAGCAUCCUCGAGUGAUGGAGGAAUUGUCGCAGCGCUCCCGCCGAAGCAUCCGAAGAGACCCCAAUUCCACCCAGGUGAAUAGAUUGAGAAUCAAAGCAGUCUUUGUCC